CAAGCCUAUUAUCUAAUUAGCCGGCUUGGCCCAGGGCUCGUGCAUUGUCGGUCCCCAAUUAGGGAGGAACACAAACACGUGAAUGCGUUCCCCUACUUAGAGCCAGGAUAGCGGGGGACGGAUGUGUCCUCACGCCGUAAGACAACAAUUUUAGGAAUAAAAAGUGUAAAAAAGACCAAAAGUAUGCAUGCUUUGGUGAACGCCUUCCUGCGCUGCCACUCCUUCCUGCUGCCCCCCUCCUGGCUGUGUGUCAGCCUGUGCUUGUGGGCCGCCAGUGAGCGCGAAGAGGCGCCGCCUCAUCCUCGGCCCAACCCCGCCAAGCCUCUUACAUAUGAGGAAGUAGCCGCGGCGGUACACGGUGGAGCCUCCUCUGCUGCUCCAGGCUGCGUCUCGCCGGCUGCUACGAGCCCCGCCGCUCCGCACAGUCCUCCGUCGGAGGCUCGGAUCUGGAUCGGGGUCGUCUGGCGAGCCGUGGAGCGCGUCUUGGCAGCCCCGUGGGUCCUCGUCCGCCAUAGCACGGAGAGUAGCCGUCGAGCCCCGGCGACGACGACGCCGCGUCCUCCCCGCGUCCUCGACUCGAUCUCGGCUUCCGCCGUGCGAGGAGGGAAGGGAUCCAGCGGAGGCGCCUCGACCCAGGCGGGGAACAUGAGCGAGGCUGCGGGGCCGUGCUCCCCGGACUCGUCCUCGGAGCGGGGCGUGGAUGAGGUCAUCGCCGUGGAGCCGCACUCGCAGGAGAUGGGCACGGUGACCAUCACGGUGGCCAUCCAGGCCGCCGAGGACGAGGAACCGGAGGAAUUCUCGCCCGGGAAUGUCGACUUCAUCGGCGGCAGCUGCAGCGAGGACGAACUCGGCCGGCACGACAAGUCCAGCGGCGCCGGCACCAGCGGAGGCGAGGAGGAGAGCUGGCAGCCCCCGGACACGGAGCUCAUCCAGAAGCUGGUGACCCAGAUCGAGUACUACCUGUCGGACGAAAACCUCGAGCACGACGCCUUCCUGCUCAAGCACGUCCGACGCAACAAACUGGGCUUUGUGAGCGUCAAGUUGCUGACCUCCUUCAAAAAGGUGAAACACUUGACCCGUGACUGGAGAACGACCGCCUUCGCCCUGAGAAACUCGAAGGUCCUGGAGCUGAACGAGGAGGGUCGCAAGGUGCGGCGCAAGUUGGCCGUGCCGGUGUUCGCCAGCGAGUCGCUGCCCAGUCGCAUGCUGCUGCUGAGUGAGCUGCAGCGCUGGCCCGAGCUGGCCGAGAUCACGGCCGGCGUCAAGGAGAACGGCGGCGGCGAGGCCGGGGCCACGCAGCAGGAGCAGCUGAUGAAGCUGCUGCUCAAAGCCUUCGGCACGUACGGCACCAUCGCGUCGGUCCGAGUCCUGAAGCCCGGGAAGGACCUGCCGGCCGACCUGAAGAGGCUGAGCACUCGCUACUCUCAGCUCAGCGCGGAGGAGUGCGCCAUCGUGGAGUUCGAGGAGGUGGAAGCGGCGGUUAAAGCCAAUGAAGCGGUGGGAAGCGAGGACGGCGCGCUGGGCUUGAAGGUGGUCCUGAUCGGAACCAAACCCCCGAAGAAGAAAAUGCAGAAGGAGCGGCCCCGGGAGGACGGGGCGCCGACCACGGGGAUGCGCAAAAGCCGCUCGCUCAACAGCCGCGUCCGGGAGCUCCAGUACCACGGCGACGACUCGGCCUGCAGCUCCUCGGACACGGAGAGCACCCCCACGUCGCCCCGCCUGGCCAGGAAGUCGCAGUCCUGCAACAAGCUCAGCCCCACCGCUGCCGGGGCGGCCUUCCAGAACAAUCACCUGUCGCCCCGCAACAGCCCGUGGUCCAGCCCCCGCGCCAGCCCCUGUCCGCAACGCAAGUCCCCCCACUCCAACAAAUCCCCCCUGGCCAGCGAGGGCCGGCUGAGUCCGGAGCCCGGGCGCCGCUGGGCCGACUACUCCUCGGACAGCAGCAUGACUCCGUCCGGGAGCCCGUGGGUGCAGCGGCGCAAGCAGGUGGCGUCGCAGGAGAGCAGCCCCGUGGGGAGCCCCAUGAUGGGCAGGAGGAUCCAGACCGCCGACGGGCUCCCGCUGGGCGUCAUGAGGCUGCCGCGCGGCCCCGACGGCACCCGUGGCUUUCACUGUGUGGCACUGGGGGCGCGGGGGAAGAGUGCCGCCACUCAGACUUGACACGUGCAAGAAGGAAGAAAAAAAAAAAAAAAAAAAGCCUCUCACUCGUACUCCUCCCUUGGGAACCUGAGCUGUCCUUUGGGCCCCUAGCUGUCCCUCAUUUGAGACUGGAGAUUAUUUUUGUUGAGUCUGUUCUAUUUUUAUACGAACUUGAGUUGUCAUGGUUACAUUAGUACUCCGCUAAUGGACAUUUGAGUGGAUUUAAAAGUCAUCGGACUUCCUACACGCUAUCGGGAAGACUUCCAUCCAAAAUUGUCACUUUGUGGCUGUUGAAGGAGUUUUGUUUCUUUUAUGGGGGCCGACCUUUUUGUUCUUUUUAGAUGAAGUGUUCCGUCCCGUAACGCCUCUCCGGUGUAAUGACCUGCGUGGCGAAGGCACAUGGAGCUGAUGGAAAAUCACCAUAUGCCUUUUCUGUGUGUUCCACUUUUACAUGCUAUUUAAACCACCAUGGACAUUUCAUUUCUUUUUAAUCUUUAUUUUAAUUUCCUGGCACUUUUUUUGGUAAGGAAAGGUCUCCUUUGUUCAGCAGGUAGCUGUUUUUAUUUAUUUUUUUAAACUUUGUUUCCCGUCCUGUGAGGAGUGAGGUCAGGCAAGAAGAGAUGCUCGGUACACCUGAGCUGGGGGUGUUUGUACAGUGCAAGACCAGUUGUACAAAUAAAGAACUAAUACCACA